AUGACGAAAGUUCCUCAGAGGUUUGAUUUCGGUUUCUUAAGUGACGAAGAAGCCAGGAAGAUCCUUCAGGUGCUGGAAAGAAAUGAGGAACUACAGAGGGCAGAGAAGGACAGGAUCAGCAAACUUCAGAAGACAAAGAGAGAUAUCAGAUGGCUUCAAGGAGUGACCGGCGAAUGGUUUGAAGAAAUUCAAAGAAAAAAGUUUUGCAAUGACACAGAUGUUAGCCAAAUGUUAAAACAACCACUUACAUGCAGGCUAAGGAAGGAGAUGGCAAAAAAUGAUCCAAUAGAAUUACAAACAUCAGGAUCUAAAAAUUUAAUGAAUCAGAAAAAGACAUCUGUUUCGUCUCGGCUGAGCUUCAGAUCAUCAUUUGCUUCCCUGUUCUCAUUCAGAAAACCCGGAAAGGAGACUUUAAAGCUUCAGUCUCCGGGACAGAAAGGAUGCGAUGGUCAGGCAGGACCUCCUGCGUCUGUGAGGGGAACCUCGGUGCAGACAAAAACAUACAGUUUACCUCUGGAAAGACAACCAGUCAACAGUGCAUUUGUCUCCAAGCCAGCAGUCAUGAGGGAAGGAAGUGGGAUCCCUCCUCCAUGGGAUGCCUCCCUGCUGGAGAAUGAGAUUUUUCAAGUUUUAGAUGAUUUGGAUAGCAAACUGGCUCAGGAACAAUCUGCAAGCUCAGUGAAUACCAGAACGCCCCCCACCUGUGGAUCAAGAACACAGUUCAGUCAUUUUUACUCCAGUGGGAACAGACACGAUAAUCUCACAGGAAGGCACAAAAAUAGCUAUAAUGAAACUUCCAAUAUGUCUAUCUAUGACAUCCUAAGACCAAGAACUCCCAGGGAAGGUUUUAAAACCUUUUCUCCUAGGACAAAGACAAUUUAUGAUAUGUACAGGACAAGGGAGCCCAGAGUCUUAAAAGAAGAUGCUGUGCAAAAGAAUACUUUUGGUAGUACUUCUCUGUGUUUCGACAGCAGGCGACGAUCAACCCCACAAGCGACAAGGCAUUUCACAACAAGAAGCUUACAUUUUCCAACCGUGACUCAGAGCAAGCAUGGUUUUGUGCCACCACUCCACCAGCAGAGCCCAAAGAGAGUUCCUCUAUCAGCCAUCGUAUGGAAUAGAUCAGAUUCUUCUACAGAUAAGCAGAACCAGGAAGAGUUUCUGAGGGCACCUUCACCAAUGGAAAUUGACUCUACUGACCAGUAUAUGUAUCCCAGGUGUUUUCAGGAGAACAGAAGAGAUGAAUCGUACCAUUCACAGAAUGUUUACCAAAGUGUUAGUUUAAAUGCCCCCAUGGAUAAUGCAAUGAGUCCUGACACAUUUGAGAACUCAGAGAAUAUGCCAUUCUACCAUAAAGACAACUCAUUUGCUAGAUCUUUCUUUAGCAAUACCUUUGGACGAAGCAGAGAACAGAGAUAUGGACAAAAUCCUUUUUGGGGCCAACAGGAAGAACAUUCCUCCUGGUCUGACUUUCAUCAAAGCAGGAAGCCAUCCACUUCUUCUGACAGAGACUUUGACAUGAUUUCCAUUGAAACAAAUAGUGCAUCAGCUGUUCAUGGCCAUAGUGUUUCUUCUCAGCACUGGGGAUCGAUUUCUCCUGGUUACAGAGCAGAUGUUUCCAGAGUCCAAGAAGAGGCACAUCCCUGGCAGUCUGAUGUUCAGAUGUCCACACUGGAGAGCUUGGAGGUAUCAAAAGGUAAUGGGAACCAGCUGACUCCUCAUUAUGGCACACCAAAUGUUUGCUCCAUGUCUGGUUCAAGUUAUCACAUCACAUCUGGUGGGUUGGAAUAUCAACAGGACAGUUCUCCUAUAGUAGUACAUAAAAACAAAGAACCUUACUCAUUGGGUAUUGCUCAGACUCCAUCAUCCUCAUUCCAAACUUCCUUUCCCCAAAUUCCUGAUGACAGAGGGGAUUCUCAGAGUCCCAACUUUCAGAAUCCCACAGUCACUAUGCAGAAAAUUAUUCCUGAUAAGCUGGCCUCUCUUCCAAUAAGAAGCCAUACAGAAGUCACUGUGACCAACAGUGAUUCCAUUGAUUCUCCACUUCUUGCUGAAAGCCAGCCCAAUAUCUUGGCUACAAAAGUGAAUUAUAAGAAAGGCUUGAAUGAAUCUAUUUCAGAAGAAGACAAACUAAACAAGAAGGACCACAUAAACAUGACAGAUGAAAUACCACAAUCUGUUUCACAGACAGUAAUUUCUAACCCUUUACCUGAUUUUCAAAACCCCCUCUCCCAGGAUUCAGCCAAGAGCAACAGGUUUAUUUCAAAUGUAUCUAUGACAAUAAGUUCAAAAAGGUCACCCAGAGCCUUUUCCAGGAAAGAUUCCUCCAAAAUUUAUAUAUCACACAGAGAUAAAGCCAAUGAACUUAAAAUUGACCAGAGUUUUGAUGGUAACAGACAACUUGGCUCAGCAACUUCCCUUCAUUUCAUUCAGAAAAGUAGACCACCACUAUCUUUCCCCAGCCCAAGUCAAGAUUGUCACCAGGAAUUAACAGAAAGUAAUGAAGAUAUUUCAAGUAUUAAUAAACCUACAGGAGAAGAAUGUACCACAACUCAUUCCAUUAACUAUAGCAAGUUGGCUGCCGGGCACAAUAUCUCAUGUGAUUCUUUAGGUGUGUCAUCAGGUGCACUACCAGAUUCCUCAUCAUGGAAUAAUUCUUUCCCUGAUGCUCUUGUGAUUCCUUCUACUACAGGGUUCUCCAGGAGAGGCCUUUCGGAUGAAGAUUCAUCUCUGGGAGAAAGAGAAGGAAAAGACAAUGCUAGCAAGAGCCAAAAUGAUCCAUUUGCUGUAUGCCCCUCAGAAAACCAAAAGGACAAUGAUAGUCAUGUGCCUGUCUAUGAUGAAGUGGAUGAUUUUGUCCAAUGCCACUCACACUCUCCUUUCAGGAGUGGAAAGGGAAAAGGAAAAGUAAGACGUCGCAUAUCCUGUAUUGAAAAGUUAAGCAAAACAGAAAGUAAAUCAGCACCUACAAAUGAUAGCAGUAGCGUCAUUGAGGUGAAUCAGAGCAGUGCCAAAGCUUCCGAGUUUGACACAAUUUAUUGUACCUUGCCAAGAAAACCAGCCAGUUUUCUCACAAAUAAUAGGCAGUCUGAAGGGAAGAUAAUGGCUGCUUCGUUUAGGAAUGGGCCGCUUCCAUUCCAAAUCAAACAUAAUGUGGACGAUCCAAUAGGAAAGCACACAUCAAACAAACUCAGUCCCAGUUCUCCUGAGUCAAUUAGUGAAUGUGCCAAAGUCAUUUCAAACUCAGUUCCAGUAGCAGCUGAAGCCACGGAAAGGAUGACAAAUAUGAAAAUGAUGAAAUCUUCUGUGAGAAAAGGACCAUUUCCGUUCCAUAUCAAGAGGACUAUGUCAUGUCCUUCAGGAGAUCCAUGUGCCUCAAAUGGAAGGGAUGAAAGAAAAAAAUCAGCAGUCUCAGACACCAGUGCUUUUGCCAUAACACCAAGGCCUAGGGAGAGGAACAUUAACCCUCUGGAAAGUGACUCGUCUAUUAGAGAUUGUUAUUUAACCAAAAGAUACAACCAAAAGGAAUACGCUCAAGAAUGCACUGAAAAGGAUGGCAAAAUUGCUGCCUCCAGGACAAGUGUAUUUUCUCUUUCAAACAAAGACUCUGUACCUUUUUGUUCAGAUCUGUCAGGAAAGGAAAGUGGGAAAACAUUACAUAAAUUUAAGACUACGAGUACGUUUUCUGUUUCUGGUGAUGAAGAUAAUGUAAAAUGUCUUGAGGUGGUUUCAAUAUAUUACACUCUACCAAGGAAACAGAGCAAAACAUUCUGUAACCUUCUUCAACAGUAUACACAAAGUACUGAUUCACUUACAGAAUCACCUCAAGUGGAGACUGAAACAUUUUGUAAAGCUUUAGAAAAAAACGAACUAAACUAUUCUGUGCAAGAGCAGUCAGGAACACCUUUAUCUGAAAAUCUAAAGAUGCCGGUUAACUCUGCUCAGAAGAAUAGCCAUUGUCUUUCUCAUACCACUGAGAAUAUGACCAUCUUGCAGUUCCCAAGUAGAAGACCCUCAGAGUCUACAUUACAGGAAAUGGUUUCUGUUGAGGCAGAUGUUUCUCCUCAUAAAGGAGAAUCUAAAACUACAGAGAUUUUCCCAGAUAAUUUAGCUAAAAGUCCUCUGGAUGAUUCACAAAGCAGGAAAGAGAGAGGAAUCAAGUUGCAAAGUGAAACCCUGCAUACCUCAUUGAUGCUUCAAGAAAAAAAUGGUACAGAAGAAAAAUAUGAAAAUUGUCAACAAUUUAUUAAUUCAGGUAACAGUGGUUCUUCUAGUCUACCAGCCCAUUCAGAAGAUCAUAUUGAAAAUUUCCAAACCAAAAGAAGUUCCGGGGUGUGUGCAGGUAGUGAAAUAGUCACUACAUUCACUGGAAAUGGAAAGUGUCCUCAGAAAAAUCACACAGCCAGAGCUGUAGAUGAUGGCAUCAGUGGAUCACAGUGUAGGGAAGUCAAAGAGGAAAUCAGAAUAGAUUGCCAAAAAUUGACUGAGAAAACACUUUCUGACUCAGAAAACCAAGUCUUUGCUCUUAUUCCAGCAUUGCAUAAACUACAGCUUGUUGAAGAGACUCAUUCAGGGGACCCAGAUUUAGAGAGUUUGCAGACUGAACCCAGAGGAUCACCUCAAAGAAGUGAGGAGGUAAAUAUGACAGAGAACAGGAAGGCUAAAGAUGAAAUGCCCAAGUUUGCAUGGGAUCCACCUUUACUUCCUGGGGGAAAUAAUAAAAAUGAAAACAACCUGGAUGACCUAGAAAAAGAGGAAGACAGAUCUUCAGUUAAACACAGAUGUUUAACCAAGUCUACAGCAAUCAGAAAAUUCCCAGCUAAAGAGUUAAGUCCCAGAAGACAUGUAGCUACUAUCAUCCCCAAAAGUGGAAGCAGGUCUGGCUUUGGCUGUUUAUCUCUCGGCACACUGGAGUGCAACCCACUGUCCCCUGAGCCUACUACAAAGUCCUCAGAAUCCAUAGGUGAAAGCAGGUUGAGUAAUGAUGGAAUGAAUGUGGAGAAAUCUGAGAACCUUCUCCAGGUUACUGUAAUAUCCAACGGAGAACCUUCUACACACUCCAGCAAUCAGAAGUCUGACAGCAUUUCACAACUACAUCAGAAUGGGUUUAAUAAUGUCUCAGAAUCACCACCAAAGCAUGAGAAUUCUAAAGACAUAACAGUAGCUCAGAUUUUGGAAAGAGAGUCAGGAGCCCCAGACCAGCUCAAAUUCACCAGCCUCGGGGAAGCAGACUUCUCUGACCAUCACAGGAGGCUGAGCUCUCCUUUUCCACUGGAGCCUGCACAGAAAUCUACACUCAGUAUCCCUCUGGCCAGUUGUCAGCAGCAGCAAAGGAGCGCUUCAUCCCUGGAGUGGGAACCCGAGUCACACCUCUAUCGUUCAAAGAGUUUAAAAAGCAUCAAUGUGCACGGUGAUCUGCUACACAAAAAUCAUCCUCCAAAAGUCAGGGAGCGCCAUUUUUCUGAAAGCACUUCUAUUGACAAUACUCUGAGUCGACUGACCCUUGGGAAUGAAUUCUCUGUCAACAAUAGGUACAGUCGUAGAUUCAAAUCAUUUUCCGAAUUUCCUUCCUGUGAUGAAAAUGAAAGUUGGACUUUGUAUAGCAGCAGGACAAAAACAGGUCCCAAGUCUGCAUCAUCUAUAUCCAGACCUAUUGACUAUGGUAUUUUUGGGAAAGAACAACAGUUGGCUUUCUUGGAGAAUGUAAAGAGGUCACUCACACAAGGAAGAUUAUGGAAACCAAGUUUUCUUAAGAACCCUGGCUUCCUGAAAGAUGAUGUGAUUAACCCUCCCAACCCAUCAGAGUUGUUAAGCUCAAAUUCUCCUAGUGGUCAGAUGCCCGAAGAUGGCUUAUCUCCAAAUAAACCACUUAAUAUCUAUGAGGAGGACCCAGUGGACUCGGAUUGUGACACAGACACAACCACAGAUGAUGAAUACUACCUGGAUGAAAAGGACAAAGAGUCAGAACUGUGA